AUGGAAGUUUCUCUCAAUUUGAAAAAUUGGAUACCUAAUGUUGUUUGUGGUUCAUGCUAUAAUAUGGUUAACCGAUUUGAGAAGCAUCAGAACAAGGAGAAACUUAAAUUUAAAACUCCAGCUAUAUGGAAGAAGCCUUUCGGUGCAAGUGAUUGCUACUUUUGCACGACAAAAGUUGAGACUGCGGGCCGAAUCCAUAAGAACAAAAUUUCUUAUUAUUCUGUAUCAAGUGUGCAACAACCAGUUGCAAAGUUUAUAGAAGGUUCAGAAGAUGAUACUUUACAAGACAGCCUGAUUAGUGGAUUCGAUACAAUGGAAGUCGACGUCGAUCCUGAGAAUGUAGCUCUUAAUGACGAAGAGUCUGCUACUGGCAGUGAAUCUGAUUUCAGUGAACCUGAUGAAAAAGUUCCUUCGAGCAGUGAUGAAGAGUACAGGCCUAUCAGUGAAGAGAAAAAGCCAGAAAAAUAUGACCAAAAACAUCUAAAUGAUUUAUUUAGAGAAGCUAAACUCUCGAAGGAAGCGGCUGAAAUAUUGGCUUCGAGUAUGAAAAGGAGAAAUCUUCUUACAAAAGGUGUUUCUGUUUCCACUGAUGCGCUCAAAAGGAAAGAAAUUAUCUUAUCUACUUAUAUAGCUGCCCAUUUCUCGAUCAGAAGUGUCAACCACUUGACUGACAUAUUGAACACAUUUUCUCAUUCACCAAGACUAGGAUUAGCUUCCACAUCCGCAGAAGGCCAAACAUUUCAUUUACAUAAAACGAAAUGUGCAGCAAUAAUUCGGAAUAUCAUUGCGCCCUCUCUAUUAAAACAACUAGUUAACGAUGUAGGUGACAUGUUUUAUUCUCUAAUAAUAGACGAAUCAACAGAUGUGAGCACUGAGAAGCUUUUGUGCCUAAAUAUUAAGUACUAUUCUGUGAAAGAUAAUGAUAUAAAGGUUCAAUUUCUCAGAUUUAUAUCUGUUGUGAAAACCACAUCUGAAGAUUUAUACCAAGCUGUGUCUGAGUUUCUGUUGGCCAAUAAAUUUGAUAUUAAAAAGUUAUUAGACGAAUCAACAGAUGUGAGCACUGAGAAGCUUUUGUGCCUAAAUAUUAAGUACUAUUCUGUGAAAGAUAAUGAUAUAAAGGUUCAAUUUCUCAGAUUUAUAUCUGUUGUGAAAACCACAUCUGAAGAUUUAUACCAAGCUGUGUCUGAGUUUCUGUUGGCCAAUAAAUUUGAUAUUAAAAAGUUAUUAGGAUCAUAUUUUUACGUUUAUAAAAUUUGCUGUAAAACCUUCCAACCUAUUAAAGAUAUGUUUUCUAGAUUUAAUUCUAGUAUGUAUAAGCCACAAAAUAAAAAUAAUCAGGAUGUUACUAACGAUCCUGCUGAGGUUGAGGUAGAAGAAGUUAUUUCGUUAUGACGCCCUUUACAACGAUUUAUCUGCCAGCUGCAUACCAACGAGCUACCUUUGAGACAUCUUUUUCUACACCUUGAUGGCCAAACAACCGGUCCUAGUGCGUUUGUAGGUGUACUGGGCCAGCUUGUAGCCCGAUGUGAAAAUUUGCCAGUUGUGCAAUAUGAAGUUAUUGGCUGUAAAUUACCGGAAGUACAGUGUAGCGACUUAAGUACCGAUCAGAAAUACCUUUACAAAAUUUGCCGUGCCAUAUCCACUGGUCAAUGUUCUGUAGAUUUAGCAAACCAGAAUCCAGGAAAAUUGAGCCAUUCCCGAUGGCUUACUUUGGCAAACCGCUUAUUACGUUUGUAUAUUUCCACCAAAGAACCCAGUUCCAAUUUGAAAGAACUGACAAAUUUCAUUCUUAAAGUCUAUGCUCCAAUGUGGUUUUUAAUUAAACAAAACAACUCUUGUACAAAUGGAGCAAAGCAUGUAUGGCAAACCAUUAAGCAAAGUCGAUAUUUAAGAGACGAUCUGAAAGCAAUCAUUGACCCAGUUAUCCAACGAAAUUCAUUUUUUGCACAUCCGGAAAACCUACUAUUAUGUAUGUUAAAAAUGAAGUUUGAUGCAGAUGACUAUACUACUUUAAUAGACUGGCAAAAUAAUGAUAUCACUCCUCCUCCACUACUUCAACAUUUAGAAUUAGGCGAACUAGAAAAUAUAAUAAAAGAAACCCCAAAUAAAGUCAUUGAGAUUACAUCUUACCCCUGUCACACGCAAGCUGUGGAGAGAUGUGUAAAAUUAGUGACGGAAGCAUCGUUAUCAGUUGUAGGUAGUAAAAAGCGAGAUGGAUUUAUAAAAGCAAGAUUAGAUUCUCGUAAAUUAAUGCCACAAUUUGAAAGCAAAAAGGACUUUACACAAUAA